GUCUCCUGUAAAUAAUAUAUCACAUAGCCGUAGCUAUACACUGUAUUAUUUCACUUAUUUCCCAUGGAGAACAGAUUUAUCUAAAUGCUGUUAGCAUACUGUAGAGGGUGGCAGUCCACUGCCAGCCUGCUUGCUGUUGACCAGCUCGCCUGGCUAACUUUAGCGUGAACCGCUUUGGUGGUUAGGACGCUAGCAUUAGCUAGCCAUUUAGCUAAUCAGAGGUUACCUGGGAUUACGGGAGGAAUCCAGCUUGUUUUCAGAGGCCUGUAUCUAAUUGGGGUGGUCAUUUGAAAUGACAGUCAUCUGCAGCCUCUAACCGAAGUGACGCGUAUCAAAGGGCCUUUGACUGACAGCUCUUGCCUGGCGAUGACACACUGCUGCUCUGGUUGUCAGGGAAAAUGUUCAUUAAAACGAGUCAUGAUGUUGCCGUCAGUGACGCCGACACUGGAAUAAACAAAACUGUAAUCAAGUCUUUGGUUGUCACCUCAGAGACCGCGCUACAUAAAUGUCAAAUCAGACCACAGGUCAAGCUUGCCUUGAUGUUGGACCUCUUACCUAGCAUGCAGCCAUGAGCUCUGUCCUGUGGAGCCAGGAGAAGCCCAGUGGGGGCUUCAGAGAGGACUGGCGCUUCUACAUGGUCGUGAAGGAGUGUACAGUGGAGAAGCCUCCCCAGAAGACCCUGAGGAUCCCCCGUGGAAGUCUUGCCCAGGCCUGCCAGGAGCGCAACAGUCUAGGACGAACACUGCCACCGUGCAAAGGCAAGAAAAGUCUCCGCAUCCUGGACCAAACCAACGUGGUGCUUAGCCUUGACGAGCGGGACGUCCAGGAGCUGGAUGAGAAGCUUGCGGAGCUGCUGUUCCCCAUUACCAACUGUGAAGAGAGAUAUGCCCUGCUCUGCAACAAGUCAAGGCUAGCACGCGUCUGUGAUAUUGACUGUGGUUCCAAGGUGCGCGUCCAGUUACGCUCAGGGGAUGAACCUCUGCCUGGUGUGGUCCGCUUCAAGGGCUCGCUGCUCCCUGACAGGGCCCUCUCUGGAAUCUGGUUUGGAGUGGAGCUGCUGGAGGAGGGCCGGGGACAAGGCUUCACGGAGGGCUCUUACCAGGGCCGCCAACUUUUCCGCUGUGAGGACGAAUGCGGUGUGUUCGUGGCCCUGGACAAACUUGAACUCUGGGAGGAUGAUGAUGAUGAAGCCUUGAGCGAGCUGGAGGUGGACCAUGUCAAUCUAGUGGAAGAGGACCAGGACUUCCCUCCACUGGAGAUCAACUCCAGGGUCCUGGUGCAGACCAGGGAUGGACCCGAGAGAGGCACAAUCAUUUUUUGUGACCUGCUGCCAGGAAAUGAGAGCCUGGGCUACUACGUGGGAGUUGACAUGGACAAUCCUAUCGGGCACUGGGAUGGUAUGAUUGAUGGGAAACUGCUGUGUAAUUUUGCCAGUUUGGAGCACACUCGACUUGUCCCCAUCUGUGACGUAAUGCCAGAAUAUUCCAUGCAGGACCAAAGGCUGCAAAAGCACAGUUUUGCCCCCAGAGGCACCAACAGUGACAAGUCGUCCUCUGGCCAAAGCAAACCAAAGAGCAAAGGAUUAGGUCAUCAGUGUGGCAGUAGAAGCAAGUCUGAAUUUUACUAUACUUUAAAUGGCAGCUCUGUUGAUCCCCCAGCCCAGCCCAAAUCCAAAAGCACAUGGUACAUUGAUGAAGUUGGGGAGGAUCCCGCCAAGUCACUUACUGACACGCCCCCUGACUUCAACCAAUCCUCCCCACCCUCCAGAGCCCCGCCCUCUUCCUCGUUGUCCAGUGACAACAAGUUCCACUCUCUGCCCUUCAGCCUGAACCGGAAGACUGGGCCCAUUGACAGCAUGAGCCAUGGGCCUCUUUCCCUUUCCGUCCAGUCGGUGAUGGGAGAGCAGCCCGAGCCCCCGUCGCCUGCUGCGCCUCCCUCGCCACGACCUCCGACGCCUCCCCGUGGGCAGCCAGGCCUGGAGGUGGGCUCUCUGGUGGAGGUGAAGGAGAACCCCCCUCUUUGCGGUGUCAUUCGCUGGGUGGGUCUGCCUCCUGGCCUGCUGGAGCCUCUGGCUGGGCUGGAGCUGGAAGAAGAGUGUCCUGGUUGCACUGACGGCACCUUCAAAGGCACGCGGUACUUCACCUGCCCACCCAAAAAAGCCCUGUUUGUGAAGCUCAAGUGCUGUCGGCCCGAUUCCCGCUUCCCAUCCUUGCACCACUCCUCCAACCCCAUAGAGAGGUGUAACUCCAUUGCAUUUGGGGGUUACCUGAGUGAGGUAGUACAUGAGAACACGCCUCCUCGCACAGAGAUUGAUGGUUUGGAUGUCAUGGUGGGCAAAAAGAAAGGCAUCCAGGGCCACUACAACUCUUGCUACCUGGAUUCAACUCUCUUCUGUCUUUUCUCCUUCAGUUCUGUACUGGACACGGUUCUGCUGAGACCACGAUCAAAGACUGACGUAGAGUAUUACAAAGAGACCCAAGAGCUGUUACGCACAGAGAUAGUCAACCCCCUGCGCAUACAUGGGUAUGUGUGUGCCACGAAAGUAAUGAAGCUUCGGAGGAUCCUGGAGAAAGUCGAAGCUGCCUCUGGGUUUACCUCUGAAGAAAAAGAUCCUGAGGAGUUCCUUAAUAUUCUUUUCCAUCACAUACUGAGGGUGGAUCCGCUGCUCAAGCUUAGGUCAGCAGGACAGAAGGUCCAGGACUGCUACUUUUACCAGAUCUUCAUGGACAAGAAGGACAAGGUUGGAGUUCCCACUAUCCAGCAGCUCCUGGAGUGGUCCUUCAUCAACAGUGACCUAAAGUUUGCAGAGGCUCCCUCCUGCCUUAUUAUCCAGAUGCCCCGUUUUGGCAAGGACUUUAAAAUGUUCAACAAGAUUUUCCCCUCGCUAGAGUUAGACAUCACAGACCUUCUUGAAGACACUCCAAGGGAAUGUCGAAUCUGCGGAGGCCUGGCUCUCUACGAGUGUCGAGACUGUUACGAGGAUGGGGAUAUCGCGGCUGGCAAGAUUAAACAGUUCUGUGAAAAGUGCAAUACACAGGUUCACCUCCACCCGAGGAGGAAAGCCCAUCGGCACGGCAAACUGUCUCUCCCCAAGGAGCUGCAAGAAGGCACGGGGCGGCAGGGCAGUUUUCCACAUCAGAGGAUGGAGCUGUUCGCUGUGCUGUGCAUCGAAACCAGUCACUACGUGGCCUUCGUCAAGUACGGCAACGCAGAUUCCGCCUGGCUCUUCUUCGACAGCAUGGCAGACCGUGAUGGAGGGCAGAAUGGUUUCAACAUCCCCCAGGUGUCUCCCUGUCCAGAGGUGGAAGCCUACCUAAAAAUGACCCCAGAGGAGCUGCACGCCCUGGAUCCCAAGAGCAUCCAGGGCCAGGCCCGACGCCUGCUGUGUGACGCCUACAUGUGCAUGUACCAGAGCCCGACCAUGAGCCUGUACAAGUAGAAGCCUCUCUCCGAACCCUUACCCCUCCAUUCCUGUCCCUCAGCCACACCACCUCCCCCUCCCCCAGGGCAGGAGAUUCCCAGAAAGACCAAAAAUAAAAAAUAAACUAAAAGAAGAAAGGCUGUCUGCCAGCAGGGGUGCUGUCUGGAGUUAACCCUCUCCACCCCACCUCUCCUCAAUGCCUGCCCAUCUCUUGAGUUUGGAGAGAUGGAAGAAAGGGAGAGAAGCCUAUUUGCACUGUGCAUUAGUUCAAGUGUUGUGUUUUUCAUGUAGUCCUAUGUAGUUUCAUUGUGUCUCACAGCUGAGCAUUGGCGAUGGAUGUUGAAGCAAAGGGAGGCCUUAUGAAGGUUCCCUCCCUAUUCUGGGAGGAAGGACGAGAAGAUGGGCGGGAGGGCAUGUUUCUGACGUUGCGGUUGACAAAACAUGCAACAAAAACAAGAUGAGCUUGUGGGAGAACCUCGGCCACCUCAUUUACCUUAGGAAAAGAGGAGUCCUGCUAUUCUUAAUCACUGUAAAAGACAGGAGAUUUCCACAACGCCACAUUAAGGAAGCAAGUCAGUGCGCAAAUCCUCAUCCAACUUGUGUAUGCUCUUCUAAAAACUUGUGUAAAAUCUCUUGGUAGCAUAGAUUUCUCCAGGUAGUAACAUCAACAGUAUAGAUGUCAACCUACUGUGCAGUGGCAUUAAGACCAGAGUAUUCUGUUCUCUGUGAACCAGUUUGCAUAUUUACCCAUCACGCUGUUUAAAUGUCUUUACAGUACAUGUUUUGCAGAAACAGAUGUAGCCAUUGUAAAAGUCUCACGUUUUACUGCAUACUUGCUCAACCAAUGCUGCACUUUUGUUCUAUCCCUAAGUGGACUUAUCAGGAAAACAUUUAGUUUUUGCUCUUAUUUUUCUCUCCCGUUGGAAGUCACAGUGAGUGCUAAUUUUUUGGUGGGGAGACAUCAGGGUUUUGUGUUACGGAAUACAAAUUUGCUUUUCCUCUGUAGCUGUAAAGAAUAGUCUGCAUUGCUAAUGCAGAGUAAAUGCCAGAUAAAGGCAUGAAGGGAGACUUGUACAAUGGCUCCUGUUGUAAAGCUGGUUGGUGGAGUACUCCAUGCUUUCAUAGGGUCAAUGAGGUGAAAUACUGGAAGAGCCUGGCUCUUUUUAAAAAAAAAAAUAGGAGUGUGUGAUGUGAAGAAUUUCACAUGCAGUGUUUUAGGUCUCUGACUCAUUGUGUUGAUGACUAAGUCUAAACUAUAUUUUAUGUUUACGAAGCCUUUUGUCUGCCCGUCAUGGUAGGUCUCAUUUCCUGCGGGUGAAGAGGAGCAAGUAUUGACUAUCGCUGCCUUUUAUGAAGAUGCGACAUGCCAUGUUUCCAGCCAUGCACCAAAUAACUAAAGAUUUCUGAUCAAAUAUUAUUAUUUAUUAUAUUCUAAUCAUAUUACAAACUCAUAUGUCCUCCCUUUUUAAGUUAAUGACAGAGGGAUGAUGAUAUUGCAAGGUUUGGGUACUCCUUGUCCUCUUUCACUGUAUAUUGAAGUGAGUUUUUGUAGUUUACGCUGUCUCAUGGCAACUACUGAUUGUUAAUAGUGACACACAUUGAACAGUGUAGAGUUAACAAAGGAUGGGAAAUGAAGAGGCACAAGGCUGGUAACCUUGGGGCAACAUACACACACACAUAUAUAUAUAUAUAUAUAUAUAUAUAUA